GUUACGGCACGCAGAUCAUCGAUCGCUGACUCUAUCCCAUGCAUCGACCCCUUGACGUCGUCGCUCAAGGCACCUUUGUAAGCCUUCGGAUUCGGCGCCAGGUCAUCGAUCCACCAUCUGUAUUAGGCAAAAAUCUGCGUUUUGCGGUUAGAAUGUCCAAUGAAUUUGCCAGUAGAGAGUUUCUAGUAGACGUAUAUUACAUUCAAUUUUCAGUACGAGUGUUGGGGAUGUACGAAAUCUGGGCUAAAGCUGUAGCUAUCUAUCCGCAGGGGAUCUUUCCGCGAAUAGACCUUUUGUUACCACCACAUUCAAAGCUAUCUACGACAGGAUGUUUUCGAGCAUCCAGACGAAUAUUAUCGAGCCUUACCUGGUCAUGCGGCAGAGCUUGGCGCCUCUGAAGCUGACUAGAUGGCAGCUCACGAAGAUCAUGGUCCGCACUGCGCUUGAUGGACUUCCGCCCAUCAGCUUCUUUCUCCUGACAGCGCUGGUAAUUUUCUUGACUGUAGUCUAUCGAAAAUCCAAAAAGAACACACGUGUAAAGGCAAUUCCUGGGCUUGCCGUAGUUAAGAGAAACCAUGCACAUUUCCUCGACAUAAUCAGGGAGGGCCGGGAGCUGUACCCAGGUCAACCCUUCAUGGCCGUCAACAAGCGGCAUAGUCUUGUCGUGUUCCCGCCUUCAUGCUUUAACGAGAUCAAGCGUCUCCCGGAAAACACCGCGUCUGCAAAGGCAUUCUUCAACACUACCAACUAUGGCCACUGGAGUCACGUCGGCGAGGAAUCGCCAGAACUCGUCAAAUCAGUUAUUGCGGACCUAACCCGUUCGCUGCCGGCACGAAUUAUCACUCGUCAAGAUGAGUGCCGGGAUGUGUUUGACGAGGUGCUUGGGCGCCGACGAGACUGGAAGGAGUUCCCUCUGUUGUUGACUGCGUUCGAAAUCAUCACCCAGAUAAACGCUUGCUCUUUCGUCGGACGGAAACUGGGCACUAACAAAAGCUGGGUCAAGUCAGUGAUGAUGUUGCCCAUCUUCAUUCACGUCGGGGUCAUGCUGUUAGACGCCUGCCCCCUUGUGCUCCGGCCAUUCAUCGCCCCAAUUUACUUUUUACCCAGUAUCAAGAACCGAUGGGACCUAACGCGCAUGCUUACUCCCGUCCUGAAAGAGGACGUCAAAGAAUACCAAGAAGCAAAAGACAAGAAGGAGGUCUUGCGACCACGCCCAGAGGGAAAGGUUCCUUUCACUGGGUUUCUCCUUUCCCACUACAAGUCUGCCGAAGCAUCCCUGAAGCAACUGGUCUCGGACUAUAUCCACCUCAGCUUCGACUCGACCCCCAACACGGCAGCGGUGCUGUUCCAUGUUCUCUGCGAGUUGGCCGCCCAUCCGGAAGCUGUCGAGGUUCUGCGCCAGGAACUCGAUGAGGUCUCCGUUGACGGGAAACUCCCUGGAACUCAUCUCCAAGAGCUGAGGAAAAUGGACAGUUUCUUGCGUGAGACCUUCCGGCUGCACCCUUUCGGCAUCUUCACCCUCCAACGCCGCAUCAUGCAACCCGUGCAGCUCUCCCUCGGGCCCACCCUGCCCCCCGGGACCCUCAUCGCCGUCGACGGACAAGCGAUCGACCGGUCCCCCGAGCUGUGGCCGAACCCGGACACCUUCGACAUGUACCGCUUCUACGAGCUGCGGCGCAAGCCCGGCAACGAGAACCGCUUCCACUUCCUCACCACCGGCGCGGACUCCCCCGGCUGGGGCGACGGCACCCAGGCGUGUCCGGGGCGGUUCUUCGCGACGAAUACGCUGAAGAUCGCGCUCGCGCACUUCUUGAGGAAUUAUGAUGUCGAGAUCAAGCAGGAGUGCUUGCCGUUGAGGAAUGUGCCCAUGGCGAGUGGUUUCUGGUCGCCCGAUGAUAAGGCGGUUGCGAGGGUGAGGGCGAGGUAUUAG